AUGACAACUUAUGACGGUUCGCAGCUGCUUUCCAAGGUUCUCGACACCAUCAGAGCGUCCACAGCGUUGGGUGCUCAAGAUGUCGAUUUUUGCCGUAGUAUGAGUAAGGAUAUAGGCGAUGCGCUAGAUAAAACUUGUGAUGAAAUUGUGAACCUUAUAAAUGGUCUUUUGACCUCGGUGGACCAAAACACAGAACCAUUGGAAUGUGGACGAGAUAGGCUCCAAGACUCUUGGAAGGAUUUUAGCAAUGUUAUGGACAACAUAUUUGAACUCUCGGAUAGAUCUAUAGAUAUCCUGACUAAAUCUUCUGGUACAAUGAACAAUGGAAUUCAGAUGCAAUUUUUGGAUGACUCUAGCAGGACCAAAUUCACAUCAUCUGCAAAGAUCGUCAAGCCCCAGCUAUCUUUCAGGACGCCUGUUGAUAAUACGGAAGGGCAUCCUUUCGUUCCCCUACUCAAGGAAAAGCCAUUCGCGCUCAAACCUUUUGCUAAAGUAAAACUGCUCCCAGGUAAUGAUUCUAUGCCAGAGCACUAUGAGCAUCCUUACCAAGACGAGAUUGAGAGUCAGGAAUACGAUCAUUCUGUCAUUUUGAAGUCAGAGCCUAUCGCCUCUCAGCCGUGGGACACUACUGAGGCGGUUUGGGUCGAUAAUACCGAGGUUCUCGAUGCAAUGUUAUCUGAUCUGAAAAGUGCAACUGAACUUGCGGUUGAUCUAGAACAUCACGACUACAGGUCUUAUUAUGGCAUAGUUUGUCUUAUGCAGAUUAGUACAAGAAGUACGGACUACCUCGUUGAUACUAUUUCUUUGCGAGACGACUUGUAUGUUUUGAAUGAGGUUUUUGCGAACCCAAAGAUCUUGAAAGUUUUCCAUGGUGCCUUUAUGGACAUAAUAUGGCUACAACGAGAUUUGGGUCUUUACGUGGUGAGUCUCUUCGACACAUAUCAUGCCUCCAGAGCGAUUGGUCUUCCGAGGCAUAGCCUGGCGUAUCUAUUAGAAAGGUACGCACAUUUCAAGACUUCCAAGAAAUAUCAGCUAUCUGACUGGAGGAUUAGACCACUUUCAAAGCCAAUGAAGGCGUAUGCCAGAGCCGAUACGCACUUUUUAUUGAAUAUCUAUGAUCAAUUGAGAAAUACAUUGAUAGAGCAAAACAAGCUAGCUGGAGUUUUGGCGGAAUCACGAAACGUAGCUAAAAGACGUUUUGAAUAUUCCAGGUUUAGGCCUACUGUACCUUCAACUAGCGUUUAUUGCCCCAUCGAGAAGCCAGAUCAAUGGAAAACGUUGAUGGUACAAUACAACAUUCCACCAGAAAAGGAGGAGCUGGUCAAGAGACUUUACGAUUGGAGGGACACAAUAGCUCGGAGGGACGAUGAAUCAUCGAGAUACGUGAUGCCUAACCAGCUAUUGGUUUCUCUUGCUGUCAACACGCCAACAACCCCGGUCGAUGUCAUAUCUGUGAAUAACGUUGUCACGGAUCAUGUGCGGUCCAAUUCUUUGGUACUGGCUAAUUUAAUCAAGAGCUCGAUACAGUCGAUAAAAUUGAGCAAAGCUCAGUCUGUACUUCAAUCAGAUAAGACCAAUAACCUGACCGCAGAUUCACUGUUGACUAUUCCGCAAAUAAAGAAAGUCAUGUCUAUUUUUGAAGGCAUCGCUCAGACGGGGUUAACUACUGAAGAGCAUGAGAAAGAUAAUGGCUCAUCAAAACUAGUUGACAUUUUGACAUCAAAGAACAACGCUGUCGAUUAUAGCGAUGGAGGUCCUCGUCGCAUAAAGCACGAGCAGUUCGAAUCACGGUGUCAUGAAGCAUGGAAAACAAUGGAGGACUUUGAUAAUACUGUGGUUUAUAGCAUACAAGCGCCAGAACCAGAUGCUGUGAUAAAAGAGUCCGCACAAGAGCCUCCAAGAAGAUCUCCAGGAAUUAGCGAACAGGCGGCACAACCUGAAGAGGACAUGGAUGAAAUAGUCACUCUGAAAAGGGUAAGAAGACAUGAUCAAUCUCCGGAAACUAAUGCUGAAGAACCUAAACGUCAAGCCGUCGAUUACUCGAAAAGUGAGAAGAUUCUUGUGGAGAAUCGCAAUGCCAGCAAAAAGAGAGAUUCUAAGAAAAGAAGUUUUGAUCCUUAUGCGGCAUCUAAUCAUUCAGGUGAUGCUCCUAGAGGUGUUAAGAAACGAAGAUCGACUAACAGGGGAAGGAACGUCUCCUUUAAAAAGUGA